CCGAAGGAGGGGGCGCUACUCGCUAGCCGGUGGGCGUAGCUGUACGCGGCGGCCUGGCCUAGACGAGCGUGUCUCCGCCUUCUGUUUCUGUUUCUAGUGGCGGGGACUGUCGGUCGCGCGCCAGGGAAUGCCCACAGGUCUCGGGCAGGGAUCACUCCUGUUGGUGCUCAAGGGGACCAUAAAUUGAAAUUGGGGAUCAAACCCCUAUGACCUUGUGUAUGAUUUUGAUUUUUUAAUUUAAGAAAUUCAUUCAGCAAAACUCCAUCGAACUUAUGCCAAAUAUUGUCAUAGGGAAAAGAUCACAGCUGUGAACAUAGAAAACAAAAUCUCUUGUCCAUAUUUACCUAUAGCUAAUGAUGUCUUCUGGUUUCAAUGUUUUUGGAAUUGGCAUCUCUUUUGUUGUGAUAUGUAUUUUGCAUAAGUUACCAGUAGACUCACUACCAGAACUGAGUCCCAAGGAUUUUUUCAGUACAUUACAACAGGGAAAAGCCUCCUUAGCUUAUUUUUGUCAAGCUGAUUCUCCAGGUACCUCUCUAUUUCUUGAAGAACUAAAUGAGGCUGUUAUACCUCUCCAAGACUAUGGCAUUUCAGUUUCAAAGGUUAAUUGUGCCAAAGAAGAAACAUCAAGAUAUUGUGGAAAAGAAAACGAUUUGAUGAAAGCAUAUUUAUUCAGGGGUAACAUAUUACUCAGAGAAUUUCCAACAGAUACCUUGUUUGAUGUGAAUGCAAUAAUUGCCCAUGUUCUCUUUGCUCUUCUUUUUAAUGAAGUUAAAUAUAUUGCCACACUGGAUGACCUUCAGAAUAUAGAAAAUGUUUUGAAAGGGAAAGCAAACAUUGCAUUUUCAUAUGUAAGAGCAAUUGGGACACCAGAGCACAGAGCAGUUAUGGAAGCUGCUUUUGUUUAUGGGACCACAUACCAAUUUAUCUUAACCACAGAAAUUGCUCUUUUGGAAAGUAUUGGCACUGAAGAUAUAGAACAUGCACAUCUCUACUUUUUCCAUUGUAAACCUGUCUUGGACUUGACACAGCAAUGUAGAAGAACACUAAUGGAGCAGUCAUUGACUACAUUGAACAUUCAUCGAUUUAUUAAGAUAAUGGAAGCACCUCUGUUGACUGAAGUUGCUGAAGAUCCUGAACAGGUUUCAACUGUCCAUCUCCAGUUAGGAUUACCUUUGGUGUUUAUUGUUAGUCAACAAGCUACAAUUGAAGCUGAUAGAAGAACUGCAGAAUGGAUUGCUUGGCGUCUUCUGGGAAAAGCAGGGAUUCUGCUAUUGUUAAGGGACUCUUUGGAAGUGGACAUUCCUCAGCAAGCUAAUGUGAUCUUCAAAAGAGCAGAAGAGGGAGUACCUGUAGAAUUUUUGGUGUUACGUGAUAUUGAUUCAGUAAUAUCCCAUGUGGAAAGUAAUAUGCAUUUUGAGGAAAUCAAAGAAGAAGACGAUGAUGACAUGGAAGAUCCAGAUAUAGAUGUUCAAGAUGAUGAAGUGGAAGAAACUGUUUAUAAAGAUAGGAAGAACCAGUUACCUUUGGAACUUUUGGUGGAAUUAACUGAAGAGACGUUUAACACAACAGUAAUGACUUCAGACAGCAUAGUACUUUUUUAUGCUGGCUGGCAAGCAGUAUCCAUGGCAUUUCUGCAAUCCUAUGUUGAUGUGGCAAUUAAAUUGAAAGGCACAUCUGCCAUGUUGCUUACUAGAGUAAACUGUGCAGAUUGGUCUAAUGUAUGUAUUAAGCAAAACGUUACUGAAUUUCCUGCUGUAAAGAUAUACAAGGAAGGGGAGAACCCAGUUUCUUAUGCUGGUAUGCUAGGAACUGAAGCCCUUCUAAAGUUUAUCCACCUGAACAGGAUUUCGUGUCCAGUGAAGAUUACCUCUGUUCAAGAAGCAGAAGAAUAUUUAAGUGGGAUGUUAUAUGAAGACCUUAUCUCCUAUUCUAGUGUAUCAGUACUAGGACUAUUUAGUCCUACCAUGACAACAGCAAAAGAAGAUUUCAUUGAAGCAGGGAACUACCUAAAAGGAUGUGUUAUCACUGGAAUUUAUUCUAAAGAAGAUGUUUUGAUACUGUCAAAGAAAUAUGCUGCCAUUCUUCCAGCUCUGCUGCUUGCCAGACACCAAGAAGGCAAAACAGAGACCAUUCCAUUGGCUAAUACAAAUGCGCAAGACAUAGUAAAAAUAAUAACAAAUGCAUUAUUGGAGAUAUUUCCAGAAAUCACUGUGGAAAAUCUUCCUGCUUAUUUAAGUCUACAGAAACCAUUACUCAUUUUAUUCAGUGAUGGCAAUAUAAACCCUCAAUAUACAGAGGUGAUAUUGAAACUGGUAAAAAGCAAACACUUAGAGUCAUUUGUUCCCUGCUGGUUGAAUAUGAAGAAGACUCAGGUGGGGAGAACAGUCUUGCAGGAGUAUUUUGUCACCUUGCCUCCCCUUCCUCUUCUUCUUGUUGUGGAUUUGCAUUCGAGUGGCCAAGUAUUUGCCUUCCCUUCUGAUCAAGCUAUCACUGAACAAAAUAUUUUAAUAUGGCUUCAGAAAUUAGAAGCAGGACUAGAAAAUCAUAUAACUAUUUUACCUGCUCAGGAAUGGAAACCUCCACUUCCCGCCUAUGAUUUUCUAAGUAUGAUGGAUGCUGCAGCAUCAUUUCAACAGUCAGCUAGGAAAGUUUCCGAGCCUAUUAAAGAAUCAGAUAUGCUGGAGAACAACAAAGAACAACAUGAAGAUAGAUCAUCGAUCAGAAAAGAACCAAUUGAAACACUGAGAAUAAAGCGUUGGAACAGAAGCAGUUGGUUUAAAGAAGGAAAAUCAUUUAGGCAUGAUGAUAAAGAAUUGUGAUCCUCAAAGCUUGUUUCAUAGGACUAUUAGAAAGACUUAAGACCUUAUUUCACUAGAAAUAAGGCAAAAUUGGGCUGGAGUGAUAGCACAAUGGGUACUGCGUUUGCCUUGCACGCGACCGACCUGGGUUCGAUUCCCAGCAUUCCAUAUGGUCCCCCGAGCACCGCCAGGAGUAACCCCUGUGUAUCGCCAGGCGUGACCCAAAAAAUAAAAAUACAUAAGGCAAAAUUAUUUCAAGUUUCUAGACCUGUGCUAUCCAACAAAAAAAUUUAGAAUUUUCUGGUAACCUCAUUAAAAAGUAAAGGUGAACUGGGCCAGGGAUUUGGCUCAAAAGGGGAUGACCCUGAGAUCAGUCCUCAACACCUCUGCUGUAGUUCUGAGUACCAAAGCAUCAGGCCUGAAUCUCUGUGCCAGAGGCCUGGCCUCUGGAGCCCUGCACUGAUGGCUAUGCCCCCUAUAGAGAAAAAGAAAAAUGAGCAGGUAAAAUUAAUGUUAAUGUAUUUCACCCAAUAAAGUAUUUCCAAAAUAAUUAAGUUAACAUAGAAAUGGAGAUACAUUCAUUGUUUUUAUAAUAAGUCAAAAUUUCAGUGCAUAUUAUGUCCUCAUUGUAACAUAUCACUUUGGAUUAGCCAUGUUUCACGUAUUCCUAAAAUUAUGCAGACAGUUCAGGUCUAGCAAAAACUGGUAUAGUAGUGAUGGCUGAGAAACAUUCUGAACAAAAAUAUGAAUGUAACUCCAAUUUAAUUUGAGUUAACUUCAUAGUGGAAUUAUACAGUUGGAGAUUGUCUUCUUCCCCUCCACCCAACAUCUAUCAUGACUAGAGAUAUUAGUGACAUUUUAGUGUGUAGAAUGCAGGGAUACUAUCAACCUAUAGUGCAUUUAACAGUCCCUACAUGUAUAUUUAUUCUGCAGCAGAGAAUAAUUUUGCCCAAAUGCCAGUUGUGCAAAAAUGGAAUCAACCUGUGGCAGAGUAGACUCCCGAAUUUCCUGGUCUUACUCAUCCUGAAGAUACCUGGGAUGUGAAAGAAAAUUUCAGUUGGUAUUAUCAGGAUGACUGGAGCGAUAGCACAGCGGGUAGGGUGUUUGCGUUGCACAUGGCCAACCUGGGUUCAAUUCCUCCUUCCCUCUCAGAGAGCCUGGAAAGCUACCGAGAGGAUCCCGCCUGCACAGCAGAGCCUGGCAAGCUACCCAUGGCAUACUAGAUAUGCCCAAAACAGUAACAACAAGUCUCACAAUGGAGAUGUUACUGGUGCCCACUUGAACAAAUUGAUGAACAGCAGGAUGACAGUGCUACAGUGACAGUGCUAUUAUCAGGAUACAAUAUAUUUUAAAAAAUUUUUUAUUUGUGAAUCACCAUGAGGUACACUUACAAACUAAUGAACUUUUGUGUUUGCAUUUCAGUCAUACAAUUAUUGUUUACCCAUCCCUCCACUAGUUCCCAUUCUCAUCCACCAAUGUUCCCAAUAUCCCCCACCACCCCACCCCACUUCUGCGGCAGGGCAUUCCCUUUUGUCUUUUCAUAGAAAUUAAUUUUUAUAAUUUUUACAAAAAGUAACAAGAUUACUUUGAAAAAGACUCAGUAAAAUGUAUAUAUAUAUAUGAGUUAUGAGUUAUAUAUAACUCAUAAUAGGAUAUAAUAGAAUAUGGUGUAUUCUAUUAUAUAUUAGAUGAUUAAUAUAAUAUAUAAUUCUCAAAUAAAUGAAAACAUAUACAAAUGACAAUAUCUUAAAACUUUUUUACAGUUUAUAUUGCCAACUUUCAGACUGAACAGGAAUGAAACAUUCUGUCAUUCUCAUCACAAAAGUGCUCUCUCAUCUGAAUCGUGUGAAAUGAUCCUUAUAACAAGUUGAUUUUUCUUUUUAGGAUCGUAGGGUCUUAUCGGCCUGAUGAGAGAGCAAGAUUAAUUUAAAAAUUAGUUUUUUGUUUCAAAAGCUCUCACUUGCCUGAUUGAUCUGUCUAUAGCAGUUGUUUGUCUGAUUUCACUCUGCAUUUUUUGAGACAUUUGUUGAAUCUUAAUUGGUGUUCCACUAUAUUUCUUCUUGUGUUAUCUAUGUGGUAUAUUUCUGUCUUUAAAUUUAAAUAAAGGAGUAUAAUAUA